AUGUCCGAAUUGAUACCUUCUGCCCCAGGGCCUUCUGUUCCGCUGACUCGAUCCUAUACAUACCAUUCGCCGACGCCUACUGCAGUGGGGCCCUAUAUUCUGGGCGUAGAUGAAGCAGGUAGAGGUCCUGUUCUGGGUCCUCUUGUGUAUGGAGUAGCGUAUUGUCCAGUUUCAUACCAGGGCACUCUUGAAACUAUGGGCUUCGCAGACUCUAAAACACUGACACCCGAGAUCAGAUCCUCUUUACUUAAUACCCUCAAUUCUGAUCCAGCCAUUCUGGGUUGGUCUGUGAGAGUUAUCAGUCCUCAGGAUAUUUCUAGUGGCAUGUUGAAGCAGCCUCCAGUAAAUCUGAACCAGCAAUCGAGAGAUGCCACAAUUCUUCUCAUACGAGAAGUGAUUAACUCGGGAAUCCAACUCGCAGAGGUGUACGUCGAUGCCCUGGGUAACACUAAAGACUAUCAAGAUUACCUUUCGAAACAAUUUACCGGAAUACGCUUCAUAGUAGAAACGAAAGCUGAUUCCAAGUUCAAGAUAGUUGGUGCCGCUAGUGUUGGUGCCAAGGUCACCAGAGAUGCUUGCGUUGAGACGUGGUGUUUCGAAGAGGUUAACUAUGUGCCACCCGUGGCGGAAAUGGGUUCCGGAUAUCCAUCUGAUCCUAAUACCAAGGAAUGGAUGCGAAAUUGCAUGGACCCUGUCUUUGGAUUCCCGAAAGUUGUCCGGUUUUCAUGGGCAACCGCGAAAACGAUUUUGGAAAGGGACGCUCACAGUGUGAAAUGGAUUGACGAAGGUCAAGAAUCGCUUAUUAAAUCUUUUCAAAGGGCUCAAGGACUGGACAAGGAUCGUUGCACAACUGCCAAAGACCUGAGUCUCAAAAGUAUUGCAACACUAUGAUCGAUAUCCGACGGCAUACUAUAGACAUUUACGUUACGGAUAUGUAUCAUACUGGGACAUAGCAAUGACACAUCUGGUUAACUUACCGACGCUUUGAAGGCGGCGAGCCCUGAACUUCACCAUCUGCCUUCCUCUUCGUUCCAAAUCCAAACGUAACCUUCGAACGUUCGGAGGCUCCCGGAGUCCCAUCCCUCGAAGACGGUUCGGCGGCGGAGCCAAUCCUAGAGAAGCCUGGUUUGGGAGCAGGAGAAC